CCGAGCAGUUCAUCGUCGAGUUCGGUAGCGCUUCUCCCUCGCUCAAAUCAAACGAGCUCGAAAGCAACUGGAAAUCACUCUUGGCUUUCGUUUGAUUCCUCCAAGCGGCAUCUGUAUGCGCCUUGCUGGACGAACCAUCCACCGGUCCCUGCAUACGCAGUCGAUCCUUUUGGUGGAUUCAACUAGAUCAACACUACGAGAACAUGGCCACAAGCGGAUACGUCAAAGAGUACGCAGUGUGCGACAAACACUAUCUCAUCUCCAUCAAUGGUCCGUCAGUAGCGACAUGUCGCUUAAACGAAAGUCUGGAGAUUUUGUAGACCAAGCAGAAAGGGCCACUUCGAAUGAAUUCACGCACCUCCAAGAUCUCGACGUUGUCACCCGGCGAUUGUUGAAUGCGGGCAUCGGACGGCAAUACUUCCUUUGUUCUCACCAGGCUUGCGAACAACAAGACUUCUCUGCAGGCGACUUUGGCGGGCGGGUUCUGCCAUGCAGCGCAUGGUGUCGAAUUCUCUCCGGUCACGGAUAUUGCCUAGGUGCCAGACAUCGGCCACAACUGCAUAUGGAUCUACCCCGUGUGUGGAUCGGAUGGCUUCAUGAACUUUUGCAAAAGUGCCCUGCGCCGAGAGCGAAUGACGGGCCCCGUCAUACGUGGAGUCACCCAAACGGUGUGGUCAUAUAUAUUCGGUGGAGACGCACACUAGCAUCGGGGACGUCUUUGAGCUCGUCGGCGAGGGGGAUAAAAAACUGCGGUGGGGCUAGGCAGGGCAGAUCUUUCCUCCGGAGCACGAUGCUGCGGACUUCGGGGUAGAUAAAUGCGCUUAUCACCAGGUCCGCACCUGUCGUUUCUUAUCGCUUCCACCCAUUGUCUCGGUCCAAAAAUGAAGAGUUUUGUGGUAAUCUACGAAGUUGAUCCAGCAGGGCGCUUGAAGGUAGCGGGCACGGAUAUGGC